CCAGUCCUGAUGAUAUUGGGACCUGCUGGUAUAUACUUCUCUCUGGUUCCGUGUUCAUUAAGGAAUCCAUGUUUCUUCCAAGAAGCAGUUUUGGCAAGCGUUCUGCAGGAAGCUUUAGGCGUGGCUGUGAAUGCAUUGUUUUAGAGCCUUCUGAAAUGAUUGUGGUGGACUAUAUGGAUGAAAAUGAAGAAUAUUUUCAGCGUCAAGCUUCUCAUCGACAAUCUCGAAGGAGAUUUAGAAAAAUCAACCAGAAAGGUGAAAGACAAACAAUCAUUGACACUGUGGAUCCUUAUCCUGUGGGCAAACCACCUUUGCCUCGAGGCUAUCAUACGGAAUGCACUAAAUCUCAGGUAUUGUAAUUUGUGUGUGGUCUCCUAA